AGAUCAAGCCAUCAUGCCUCGGCUAGGUCUUGGUUACGAUAUGGACCAGUUCCUGGACCAUUGUCGCAUGACCAAGCCUCCUUACGAGUGCCCCCAUGCCUCCUGUGGCAGGAUCUACCGCAGUUUUGCGGGGAUGCAGCAUCACAUGACAACUUACGACCAUGAAAAUCCUCCUCCUAAUGUGGUCACUCCAAAGUCAGCGCGGAAGAAAAACAUGAAGAGGCCACCAUCCCCUCUUGCAAGCCAGGAGCCAGAACCUCCAUCAAUACCUUACUCUCAUGAUAUGAAGACCGUAGAGUUUGAGGUAGAUGGGAAACUGUCUCGCCUCUCUGUCUACGACCCAAUAGAAAUUCUCUCCAAAGUAAGUUGCGAUGAUACUAUGAUACUUUGUUUUAAAUAUGAUGCCAGGAAUGUAUUGAGUGGGUCAGUGUUUUUUUUUUUUAUAUACUGUACAGUAUGUACAGUGUUCAGAAAUUAAGUGCAAGUAUGUAUU